AUGGCUAUCCUUGAAAAUUCUAUCCCGCCCCCUUCAACUUCACAUCGGCAAGAUACAAGGCCGUCAAACAUGAGUAAUUCUAUCUCACCUGAAGAUUACCAAGACAUCAUUGAGCGAUACAAUGACACGCUCGAUACCACCAUCCUCGGACACAGCCUACCUCGUCUUCUCCAAAACACCGCUGAAAGACAUCAUGAAAAGAUUGCAAUGAUAUGCGGCGAGGAGAAAGUAACAUUCGGAAAACUCACAACACUCGCAACACAACUUGCCCGCAUUCUAGUAAACCGAGGCAUCAGGCGCGGCGAGGUCGUUGGCAUCGCCCUGGACCGUUCCAUCGACCUCGUCGUAGCGCUGCUAGCCGUCAUGAAGACAGGCGCAGCUUACAUGCCCAUCGACCCAGACUUCCCUACAGACCGCAUCAGACACAUGAUCGAAGAUGCAAGCCCGAUACUUGUCAUUGUCGGUACCAGCACACGACUUGCUUCUCAAUCCUGGGGGUGCGCAACGCUGGAUCUUGACGAGACACGAGACGAGAUGACCGAAUCGAAGUCUCAGAUAGGCAGCAUAAAUGUGGACCUAAAGGCAGAAGAUCUCGCAUACGUGAUUUACACUUCUGGCUCUACCGGCAAGCCAAAAGGCGUUGAGAUCAGCCACGGAGCGCUAUCGAACUUUUUGUGCGCAAUGCAGCGGGAGCCAGGAUGCGCGGAAACAGAUCGGUUACUUGCCAUCACAACGAUAUCUUUCGACAUUGCAGCAUUAGAAGUGUUUCUUCCAUUGCUAUGUGGCGCGACAAUGAUCAUGGCCCAGGCGCACGAGGUCAAGGAUCCAGAGGCCACGCUCGGAUUGAUUCGGCAACACGAUGUUACCAUGAUGCAGGCAACACCUGCGACGUGGCAAAUGCUGCUGGAUGCUGGCUGGAAGGGAGAGCCGCGUCUCUCCAGGAUAUUGUGUGGUGGCGAAGCACUGUCUCGUAGGCUGGCCGACCGGCUACUGUCGUGUGCAGAGUCAGUGUGGAACAUGUAUGGCCCAACUGAGGCAACAGUCUGGGCAAGCAUCUGGAAAGUAUAUCCAGGCAAGGAUGUGGUCAUUGGAAAGCCCAUCGCCAAUUACCGACUCUAUGUGCUUGGUGAAAGCCUUGAGCCUGUACCCCUUGGGUCUGCUGGCGAGCUAUACAUCGGCGGAGUAAGCUUGGCUAAUGGGUACCGCAACAUGCCCGAAGUUACCCAAUCGCGUUUCGUUCGAAACCCUUUCCACAGCGGUCUUAUAUACCGUACCGGUGAUAUAGCCAAGUUCGAUGGUCCAGACAGGUUGAUCGUAUUAGGCCGCGCUGAUGGGCAAGUAAAGAUACGAGGUCAUCGGAUUGAACUCGGCGACAUCGAGGCAGCAAUAACCGACCACAGUGAUAUCCUAGACGCUGUCGUAAUUAGCAGAGACGACAGACUGAUAGCGUACUGCAUAAAUGUGGACGGCGAUAGCAGUCACGAAACCGAGGCGAAACCGACACUUGAAAGCUUACUGCGUCCAUGGUUAGCGCAGCUUCUACCAGCGUAUAUGAUGCCAGCCUUCUUUGUCAGCCUCAAGACAUUUCCUAUGACACCAAACAACAAGAUUGAUCGAAAAGCCCUGCCAGAUCCAAAGAUUGCAGUGCAGCGCAAGAUCAGCAGACCGUUGACCGAUAUGGAGGGCAAACUUCAGCUGAUUUGGUCAAGAGUUCUGGGUCACGACUGCAUCGGACCUGAGGAUAAUUUCUUCGAGAUAGGCGGCGACUCUGUACGGGUAGUCCAAAUGCAAAAGCAUGUGCAGAAAUUAGUUAGCUGGAAAUUAUCUCCAGCCCGGCUUUUCCAACAUUACAGUAUUAAAACAUUAGCGGCAUACUUAGAAGGGGAGGGCGAAACCACACCGGACCCUGCCACUUCACAGGAUCACCGCCUAAGGCCAGAUAACGAGGAUAUUGCUAUUGUAUCGAUGGCGUGCAGGUUGCCAGGUCAAGUCUCGUCCCCGGAAGAGUACUGGGAUAUCUUGGAGCGUGGUGCCGAUGUCAUAACCGACGUGCCAAAAGACCGCUGGGAUGCUGAGGCCCUCCAUGAUCCUAACCCAGGCACUCCAGGUAGAUCGUACUGCCGAAGAGGUGGAUUUCUUGCUUCUGUCGAUAAUUUUGAUGCAUCGUUCUUCGGCAUCUCGCCCAAAGAGGCACGGGCUAUGGAUCCUGCGCAACGUAUCAUGCUGGAGACGUGCUGGGAAGGCUUUGAGCGGGCUGGCUAUACAGAUAGGCAGCUGCGAGGUAGCCGCACAGGUGUUUAUAUGGGUGUGUGCAGCAUCCCAGCGCACUCGACGGCGCCGUGUUUGCAGGAGCUUGGUGGGUAUGAUGCAACAGGCUCAGCAGGAGCCACUAUGUCUGGUCGCCUGUCAUACGUCCUUGGCCUCGAAGGACCAGCCCUCACGGUCGACACAGCGUGCUCGUCGUCUCUUGUCACGACACAUCUGGCGUAUAAUGCACUUCGCCAAAGGGAGUGCGAUAUGGCCGUGUCUGGUGGAAUCACACUUUUGCUCACUCCUGGAAUGCACGUCGAGUUUAGCCAGCUCAAAGGCAUGUCUCCUGAUGGGCGAUGCAGAGCAUUUGCAGAGGAUACACAGGGGACAGGCUGGGCUGAAGGGUGCACAAUGGUGCUGUUGAAGCGCUUGAGCGAUGCUGUUCGAGAUGGUGACAAGAUCCACGCGCUUCUUCGAGGCACCGCUGUGAAUCAUGGAGGAAGAAGCGCCCCAGGUUUGACAGUGCCGAGUGGAAUCGCACAACAGCGACUUGUGCACACAGCAUUAGCUUCAGCAAAUCUGACACCUAGCGAUAUUGAUUACGUCGAAGUUCACGGCACCGGAACUAAGUUGGGAGAUCCCAUUGAGGGAACAGCCCUGGCCGAAGUGUUUGGCGGAAGUCGAUCAACUGAAUCCGAGCCACUGUGGAUCGGUUCAGUAAAGUCGAAUAUUGGGCAUACACAAGCGGCAGCUGGCUUGGCAGGACUGCUCAAAGUCAUUCUAGCGAUGAAACACGACAAAAUCCCCCGGACUCUAUAUGCUGAAAAGCCGACAUCAGCAGUGGACUGGCAGGGUGCUCACAUGGCGCUUGUACAAGAACCUCAGCCAUGGCUACCACAAGCAGAUCGGCCUCGAAGAGCAGGUAUUAGUGCUUUUGGCAUUGGCGGCACCAACGCCCAUGUUAUCAUAGAAGAAGCUCCGCCUAAUGAUGAGGUUUUGCGCCCGUUGCCCGUCUCACUGUCAGCUGGAUUCCCAUUCCUACUUUCAGGCCACACCGAUGCCGCUCUUCGCCAACAGGCCGAGAAGCUGCGACGAUACAUUGAGAGUGCAAAAGAAAUUAAUGCAGAUCAACUAAAGGAUGUGGCUUUCUCAUUAGCGACUACGAGAAACCAUUACCGACGGCGAAGAGUAGUCAUGGCCAAAGAUGAGGCAGAGCUCAUAUAUAAACUGAGUUCCACGGCGGCGACAAGUGAACAUACGGCCGAUCCAUGUAUAGCUGUUCUUUUCACUGGCCAGGGAAGCCAAGUUGCUGGUAUGGGAAAAGAUCUUUACGACAUCUACCCCGUUUUCCGCAACGCUAUAGACAAUAUAGCGGAUCAUUUUACCGAACUAGAGAUGCCGUUGAGGGAAGUAAUGCACGCCGCUCCACAUAGCGAGGCUGCUGCACUAUUGCAGCGCACAGAUUUUGCACAACCCGCCCUCUUCACAUUGGAAGUGGCUCUUUGGCAUCUUUGGAAAAGUUGGGGUGUAAGACCGAAUUACAUCCUCGGUCAUAGUGUAGGAGAGCUGUCAGCGGCGCAUGUCAGUGGGAUCUUGGACCUCUCAGACGCUUGUCGUUUGGUCGCCGCACGUGGUCGGUUGAUGCAGGCUGUUCCAAUCCGUGGCAGUAUGGUUGCAUUAGAGGCCAGUGCAGAAGAGGUUUCAAGAGCGAUGGAUACCAUUGGGGUUGUCUACAAGGUCGAUAUUGCAGGCCACAACACGCCAACGCAAACUGUGGUAUCUGGCGAUUGUGACGCUGUUGACAAGUUGGUGACACACUUUACUGGUCUGGGACGCAAGAAGAACGUACUUGAUGUAUCGCACGCCUUCCACUCGCACCAUAUGGACUGCAUGCUCGCAGCAUUUCAAGCUGUGGCUGAGAGUGUACAAUUCCACCCACCAAAGUUGCGCAUAGUGAGCAGCCUGACCGGCAAGCUCGUUGAGGCGGAUGAGCUCCAACAACCAGACUAUUGGGUUUCACAGGCACGCGACGCCGUGCGUUUUGCGGAUGGCAUCCAGACACUUGAUCAGCAGGGUGUUAACAUAUUUCUUGAGAUGGGGCCGCAAGCUGUUUUGACCGGACUGGGAGCGGCGUGCCUUGGAGCCGAUCAAUCAGUUGCCUGGUUACCAUCACUAACCACCCGGAAGCCUGGCACGUGGACGAUUCAAAGUAGCCUUGCAGAGAUGCACGAGCGCAUGGUACCUAUAAGCUGGCAUACAUACUUUGAGCCUCUGGGUUACUGUGAGUGGGUGGAGCUGCCGACAUAUGCAUUCCAGCGAGAACACUUUCCUCAUACUCGUGGCGAUUUCAAUGCUAGUAGUGUACAACAAAACGGCCAGAGCCAGCACCAGACUCUCUGUGCUGUGGAUCGACUUGCAUUUGAAGUAUCAUGGCAGCAGGCUGAUACUUCGAAUCUGACCAAAGGCGGCUCAUGGGGCUUGCUGUGUACGAAUUCAGAUAAGAAGCAAGGGUGGGUAAGACAAGUGGAAGCGGGCCUGGUGUCUGCUGGUCUGAACCUCCACAGGAUUGAGCGGCUGCAAGAUGGCCGAGGGCUUGACGGGGUGCUGUGUCUGUGGAACGCAGAAACGGACUCUGAUGAUGUCGCAGGCCAGGCACGAGAACUGGCCUUCAAGGGGCUGGCACAGUUGCAGGAUGCCGUGAGCACACAGUUCAUACCACAGCUGGUAUGGGUGACGCGCCAAGCGGUCGGUGUUAGCGUGAAUGCACGUGACGAACACCAUGAAGGGGCGGGAUUGGCCGCCGGGCCGUUAUGGGGCCUAAUGCGUACGGCCCGCAGCGAACAUCCCGACUUGCCUCUGCGCCUCAUCGACGUUGACUACCACUACGAAGACAACAAUGACAACGAUGGCAUCGACGUUGAUGCUCUCGCGGCGGCGCUGGCGCUCAGAAUGGAGCCUGAAUGCGCAGUGCGCCACGGACAGGUCCUAGUGCCUCGUUUACAACCUAUCUCUCUACCACAAGAACUGCCACCCCCUGUUCAGCAGCAACAACCUAUGGUCCGUCCAGAUGGAGCCGUUAUCAUCACAGGCGGGUUAGGUGAUCUCGGUGCAAGAGUUGCGCGAUGGCUGGCGAGCACACAUGGCGUACGUAGUCUGGUGUUGACCUCGCGCCGUGGAAUGGCAGCGCCGGGUGCGCAGGCGCUCGUGAAUGAUCUUGCUGCGCUAGGUGCAGAAGCUGCCGUCGUUGCUUGUGAUAUGGCGGAUUGCCAGAGCGUCCAGCAACUCAUGGCCAUGUUUGACAAUGGCAAGACACCUCUACGCGGCGUGGUGCACGCCGCCGGCGCCCAAGACAAUGGCGUCCUCCAGGCCUUGACGCCGCAGCGAUGCGCCACCGUCUUUGCUCCCAAGGUAGACGGAGCCUGGCACCUACACCAACUAACCCAGCAUCUCAACCUUGACUUCUUUAUCAUGUUUUCGUCCAUAUCGGGCGUCUUGAGUAUGUCUGGGCUUGCCAACUACGCUGCAGCAAACACCUUCUUGGAUGCCUUGGCAUAUUUGCGUCGUGCCCAAGGUCUACCCGCCACGUCUGUAGCUUAUGGCCCCUGGGAGGGUGAUGGCAUGGCAGCCAACAUCAUCGGUCCCACUCGAGCACGUCUCGCUCAAUCUGGCCUUGACUUGCUUGCCCCGGAAGACGGUUUGGCGUUACUUGAACACGCUGUGCGCAGUCAUCGAACUCUGACUGUCGCCGCUGCCUUGGACCAGCCUCGUUUGAAGAACUAUCACCAGGAACGAGGCGAAAGCCCUCCGUUCCUGCAUUCUCUCCUCAGCGGUGGCAACACAGGUGUGCAACAACUGCUUCCAGGGUACCAUCUGCGUAAGGAGUUACUCCAUGCAGACCUCGAGCAACGCCCUCAUCUCAUGUUGAGCAUGCUUCAAAACACUGUGGCCAAAGCAUUGGGCUUCACAAAACCUAGUGACGUCCAUGUCGAUAAGCCUCUUCAGGAUAUUGGCAUCGACUCGUUGACUGCUGUUUUGAUACGCAAUCAACUCGCUAACUUGACGGGCAUGCCAUUGACCGCCAACAUCACAUUCCAGCAUCCCAACCUCAAAGCCCUCGCUCAGACCUUGCUGUCCGACCUGAACUUGGAUGACAGCGAAUCUGGUUCCUCGCUUGGGAGUAGCACCGCCACUACCACACUCAUGUCUGACAUGGUCCCGAUUCUUGACCUCGAAGCAAUCAAGAGAGGUUGUGUCGAUCCCAGCUUCACUUUUAAGAAUACAUUCAAGGCCCCUACAACCCCUUCGAAUGUGUUCAUCACGGGUGCCACGGGUUUUGUUGGUGCUCACAUUACUCAUGACCUGUUGGAGCUUGGCACUGCCGUCUACUGCUUAGUACGUGCCGAGACCGACGACGAAGCUAUGGAACGUUUGACGGCAACCCUGGCCAGCUACAGCCUUUGGAACUCGGAAUAUGCACCACUUCUCCACCCUGUUGUAGGAGAUAUGUCCCAACCUCUUUUUGGCUUGCCCGAACACAGCUUUGAUUUCCUUGCAGAUCACGUAGAUGCCAUAUGUCACUCAGGCGCACUCGUAGACUGGAUGCGCCCGCUCCAAGACUAUGUCGGACCCAAUAUAGUGAGCGCGCACGAAGUGCUGCGCCUGGCCUCGCAGGGCAAGGCUAAAGCAAUCCAUCUUAUUUCCACAAUGUCCACAAUACCCAAGUACAUGGGCUACGACGUGAAAGAAGGAGAUCAGGAAUAUGGAUAUGCUACGUCAAAAUAUGCGGCUGAGCGCAUGAUGGCUGCGGCACAUUGGCGUGGUGCCAAAGUAUCCGUCUACCGCCUGCCUUUUGUCACCGCAUCAUCUACCACUGGUCGCUUCCGCCUCGACCGCGGUGACUUUCUACAUCAUUUUAUCGCCGGCUGUGUGGAAAUGGGUCUUUUCCCAUCCAUCGACGCCAACCUUGCCGCCGUGUUACCUGUUGACUAUCUGUCCAAGACCAUAGUUACCAUGAUGACCAAGGACCUGCAUCUCAUCGGCCAAAACUACGACUUUGCCAAUGCGCAUGCACCCACCUUUAGCCACUUCUUCCAGCUCAUGAGUGACGCAAGUACUGGCCAGCAAAUCGUGCCAUUUCUCGUUUGGAGAGAAAAAGCUCUCGACUAUGCAAUGGCCCACAGGUCGAGUCUGAUUGCCCGCAUCACAGCGCUGAUCGACGCUGUUGUUGACGACAAAGGCGCGACUGCUAUGGUUACUGGACCGCCCUUGAAGGAUAACGUUCUAGGUUCUUCCCAAUUCCCGGCGCCUUUGGUAGAUGUUGAUUUUGCAGAAAAGUAUGUUCAUUGUAUCAGUACUUGUGCUGGUUAG